AUGCUUCGUCUAGUGGCUUCUUUAUUGCUGGCAACGGCUGCAACAGCCAUCGCCCAAAAUACGACACAAGUCUACGAUUAUGCCAUUGCAGGCGCUGGUACAGCGGGACUUCUUCUGGCCAUUGUGCUCACCGAAAACCCUUCUAUCAACGUCGCUGUUCUCGAAGCUGGCUCAGAUGGUCGCACGAAUCCCAACAUCACGAUCCCGGAGUUGAGAGGCGACAUCAUUGACACAGAAUAUGAUUGGGACUACUACAGUACUGUCCAACCUGGUCUAUAUCGGAACAGGAGUCAGGCUGUCAACAGAGGCAAGACGAUUGGAUGGAAUUGGGAGACUCUCUCGACUGCAUUCAGGGAGAGCGAGAUGUUCUUUGCUCCUCCAGCUAAUGCGUCCUCUGCUGAGGAUCCUGAUCCGGCAAACCAUGGAUAUUCUGGAUAUAUCUGUUCGACUUUGCAGCGUAGUGUACUAUCUUUGCUCUCCGACUACGUGACGCCUGCACUGCUCAAUGCCGGUUAUGCGGUACCUGGAGACCGAAACGGUGGCAAUGUUACCGGUGCUGGUUUCUUGCCUCUUGCUAUCUGCCCAGGCAACUAUACGAGAAGUUAUGCUGGAUCAGCGUAUACCGCUGUCCAAGAUAGGAAGAAUCUACAUCUCUACACCAACGCACAAGUGACAAACAUCAGUUGGGCCUCGACAUCGUCUGGCAACAUAACUGCUCGUGGACUCAACUACGUCGACACUUCCGGUCGCACUUCGAACAUCAGUCUCUCCAUCCAAGCCGAUGAGAUCAUCCUCUCAGCUGGUAUCGCAGGAUCACCACCAAUUCUCGAACGCUCAGGAAUCGGAAACCCUGACAUUCUGAUGCCGCUCAACAUCACACCUCUCGUCAAUCUAAGUAGUGUUGGCACAGGCCUUAGAGAUCCACUCAUGAUGCAGUAUCAACCCCUGCAAUACAACUUCAGCGUCGAAUUUACGGGUGGCGAGUACGCUCAGAACUACAUUGAUCUGCGACCCGCCCAGGACGUCCUCUCGCCUUCCGACUAUAACGCCGCUUCCACAUGGCUCAACUCGACCGCUUCAAUCCCCGGCUUGGAGGAUGCACAGUUCACAGUGUUCAAGCAUCUCUGGUACACCCGCCAGCCACUGAUUGAGAUGGCAUGGCAGUACAGCAGCACACAGUCCAUGCCUUACACUUUGGUACCCCUCAGUCAAGGUACCGUCCACAUCAACUCUUCAGACCCGAUGGCUGCACCAGUAAUAAACCCAAACUACAAUUCUGUCACCGCAAUCAUUGGCAACGAGACCGUUCCCUGGGAUCUCUGGUUCCUAUCCCGAGCCUCACAAUUCUAUAUCAACGAACUCGCUUCCUCUGCCCCUUUCUCAGACGUUCUGACCAAGACGGAUCCGGAUCACAAUCUCUCGCCAGCGGAUUAUCAACAAGCUGUCUUCGAGCGCUCAGGUACUUCUCAACAUCUCACUGGUGGACUUCCCAUGCUUUCCCGUGCUGCUGGUGGUGCCGUCGAUGCAAAAAUGCUCGUCUACGGCACCCGCAAUGUUCGCGUCGUCGAUGGCAGUAUCUUUCCCUAUCAACCCUCUGCUCAUCCCAUGGGCUUGACUUAUGCGAUGGCUGUCCAUGCGGCCAAGAUUUUGCAACAAAUCAAGGGAAGCAAAGUUACGUAUACCGAGGAGCCUGCAAGAAGUAAUUCGAGCAGUAAUGCAACAGCGAGUUUCCCGAAUGUAGCACCGACGGUGACGUAUAAUGCCAAGGGGUCUGCUGUUCCUGCCUCUUCAUCUGUAACGACGUUCACUGGUGGAGCAGAGAAGAUGGAGGUUGGCAGGUGGAUGGUUGGUGGGAUUGUUAUCGCUUUGGGGUGGAGUGGUUCGAUGUGA